AUGCGCUUCUCGCUAAUCUUCGCCCUCGCGGCGCACUCGGCGCUCGCUUUUCCGUGGCUGAGACCGGAGGGAAUGGUGGCUCUUUUGAACCAUCCCGAGGCGCGGGCAGAGAUGGUGCGCCGUCUAGAGGAACAUCAAGGAGCUCAGGAAGGUCAGCAUGUCCGCCAUCAGCUGAACACGGGGCUCUUGAACGGCGUUGUGGCUCUGCUUGACGGCACCUUGAAAGCAGUAGUUGAUCCGAUCCUAGGCCUCAUACCCACCGACGAUGCCGUAAAGGGACUGAGAAAGUUCCCUGAGUCAAACUAUCCCUUCAAGGCUCCACGUGCGACGGACCAGCGCGGCCCAUGCCCCAGUCUGAACACUCUCGCGAACCAUGGAUACAUCCCACGAAACGGUAUUGCCGCGAUCGGCCGGAUCGACGCCGGCGCCGCAGCGCUCUUCAACGUGGGUGCCGACCUUUCUUCUCUCCUCGCAGCUGGAGGUGCCAUUGAUGGCGGCGACAUCAUCGCCCAAAAGAUGAGCAUCGGCGGCCCAGACAACCGCGUGGGCGUUCUCAACGGCGCACUGAACUCCAUCCUCAGCACGCCCUCCGGCAUUGCCGGCCACGGCGAGUUCAACGAGGGCGAUGCCUCCGCCACCCGGCUCGACUUCUACCUCGAAGGGGACAACAUCUCCUUCGAGCCCGACCUCUUCAAGCAAAUGCACCAGCAAGCGCUUGCGAGGGGCAAUGGCACAUACAGCGUCGAAGCGAUCAAGGAGCACUUCAAGAAUCGGUAUGCGGCGUCUAAAGCAGCGAACAAGCAGUUCUACUUCAACUUGCCAUCAGCUGGAGUCGUAAUGGCCGCAUACUACUUCAUCCCCGGAUUCUUCUCCAAUGGCACAAUUGGUGCCGGCGGUGUCGCGAACGGGGCAUCCAUCACCAGCUUCUACGGAGCAAAACCCACUCGACAGGGCGCUUGGAACGACCCGGAACUCACCUACACACAUGUGCCCGAGCGCAUCCCAGAGCAAGGCUGGUACCGCCGCGCGACGCCCAUGACUGUCGCCGAAGCCAUUGGCGGCAUCCUCGACGUGUACCUCUACGUGAAGCCUGCCAUUGGUGGCGGCGGUGGCGACCACUCAUGGGUGGCGGGUCCUCUCGACGUCCCCAAUAAUCCUCAGUCCUUUGGUUGCUUCCUGUACAACGCCAUGUAUGCCAACUUCCCGUCCGAGCUCGUCAACACAGUCGUCUUGGUCGAGACGGUGGUAAAUUUCCUCAGCAGCACGCUUGCUCCGGGGUACAAGGCGCUCGGGUGCAAGAUUAGCUUCCUGGAUGUGAGUGGCACCGCAGGUCAAAUGUAUGAUUCAUGGGCGAAGAAGUAUACUGGGGAUGCGAAGUAUAAUGCUGUUGGAAGCGGAUGGUAUAAAAAGGCUGGAACUGUUAAAGCAUGUUAG